GAAUGUCGACAAGCCUUUCCACUUCGAGUUCGCCUGCCCUCGAGCUUCCUCACCUCUACCGGUGAAACUCCUCCCCUCUCCUUUCACCUUCUUCUAACUCGAUCUCCCAGAAGAAUCAAGUCAACCGUCACCAUGGCUGUCCUUGCGCAGUAUGAAUGGAUCAUUGCCGUGAUCACCAUCGCCUUUUGCGGUAGCUCCAUCGGCAACGGUGCAAACGAUGUCGCCAACUCCUAUGCCACCUCCGUGGCAGCCAGGACCUUGACCAUGCCCCAGGUCGGCUUCCUCUCCAUGUGCACAGAGUUCUUUGGUGCCGUCGUCCUCGGCUCCAAGGUCACUGGCACGAUCAAGAACAACAUCAUCGAGCUCGACCGCUUCCGCACGACUCCAUCCACCCUGAUCCUCGCCAUGGGCUGCGCCGAAUUCGCGAGCGCCUUCUGGCUGCUUGCUGCUACAAAAGUUGGAUACCCCGUCUCAACGACACAGACUAUUGUUGGAGCGCUCGUUGGUGUUGGUAUUGCUGCCCAAGCCCAGGUUUCCUGGUCCUGGAGCGACGGCAGUGUCUCCCAGAUCGCCGCAUCAUGGGGUAUCGCCCCAUGUAUUGCCGCUGCAUUUGCCGCGAUCCUGUUUGGCAGUCUCAAGUUCACGGUCCUCGAACGUGAAAACUCUUUUGAGAAGGCUAUGAGGGCCAUUCCUUUCUACUUGGCGUUCACGGCUGCCAUCCUCGCUCUUUUCAUUACCGUCGAAGCCCCGGGUGCACCAUCGCUUGAGGAGCUUGGCGCCGGUGCAGUAUGCGGUAUCAUACUCGGUGUCUUCUUUGGCAUCCUCCUGCUCUCUUACGUCUUCUUCAUACCCUACGUCCACCGAAGACUCGUCAAGGAGGAUGCCCGCAUUCGUCUCCGCCACAUCUUCCUCGGCCCUCUGUUGUACAUGGAGAACCCGCCGAUCUACCUGCCCGCUAAGGGAAACGAGGUAGUUAUUGACUACUACGCAAGCGCUCACGAUGAUUCCAAUGCCACCAACGACGGCGAUAUCGAGAAGCAGGCAGUCAAGACCGAGGGUGGCAGCGACAGGGGCGAGAAGCUGGCCGGAAAUGACAGCACCUCCGACUCUCCCUCGCCCGUCCCCAUGUCCCUCGAGGACGUUGAACGCGGCAAGAAAGCACCAGAGAGUGGAGGCGUCGUCCAGCCUUACAAGCGUAUGCCCGAGCCCGAAGAGCGCUUCCUUGCCCCCACCGCCCACCUCCCCAUCCACAACCCCAGACGCAUCUGGAGCUUCAUCAAAUACUUCUUCCUGCAGGGCGUCACGCGCGACUGCGUCACCCACGCCUCGUCCCAGCUCGCCGCCAUCCACGGCAAGGCCAAGAAGUACGACAACCGCGUCGAGCACCUGUGGACCUACGCCCAGGUCGCCAGCGCCAUGAUGAUGUCCAUCGCCCACGGUUCCAACGAUGUCGCGAACGCUGUCGGCCCCUGGGUUGCCGCCUACCAGGUUUACAUGACGGGGGAAGUCAGCGAGGAGGGAUCGACGCCAAUCUGGAUCCUGGUGGUCGCCGGCUUCUUGCUUGGCGCGGGCUUCUGGUUCAUGGGUCACCACAUCAUCAAGGCCAUGGGCAACAAGCUGACUCAGCUUUCACCCACAAGAGGGUUUGCGAUGGAACUUGGGGCUGCCAUCACCGUGCUUUUGGCUAGUCGUCUCGGUCUUCCCGUCAGUACCACCCAGUGCUUGACUGGAGCCGUCAUUGGCGUUGCCUUGAUGAACUUUGACGUUGGCGCUGUGAACUGGCGCCAAGUCGCCUUCAUCUUCUCCGGCUGGCUCGUCACAUUGCCCUGCGCAGGUCUCAUUGGUGGCUUGCUGAUGGCGAUGUCGCUCAACACCCCUCAGUUUGGUCAGGACUAA